UCACAACAGAGUCCAAAUAAAACAAAACCAGUCUCAUACACAACUUAACUAUAAUGGCUAAGAUAACUCUCGUUAAUACUUCCUGUCUGUUAUCCUUCUUCUUGUUAUUGUUGGCUGAUCUCUACUGUUGCAAAGAGAUUCUGGUCGGAGGCAAACACACUGCUUGGAAAAUCCCUUCUUCACCCUCUGACUCGCUCAACAAAUGGGCUGAGAGUUUGCGGUUUCAUGUUGGAGACUCUCUCGUUUGGAAGUACGAUGGGGAAAAGGAUUCGGUUCUGCAAGUGACAAAAGAUGCAUACAUUAACUGCAACACCACAAACCCAGCAGCUAGCUACAGCAACGGAGACACUAAGGUGAAGCUAGAGAGAUCUGGACCUUUCUUCUUCAUCAGCGGCUCUAAGAGCAACUGUGUCCAAGGCGAGAAGCUUCACAUUGUUGUCAUGUCUUCUCGUGGUGGUUUCUUCACUGGGGGCUCUGCUCCUUCUCCUGCACCUUCUCCUGCUCUUUUGGAAGCUCAAGCUGUUCCUCCUGCAACUGGUUCUGCUUCUUCUUUGACUAGUAGAGUUGGGGUUUUGGGAUUUGUUUAAUUAGCAAUCGUUUGUCUGAGUUUACCUAUAUAGACUUUUGUUUAGAUUCCAUCUCUGCUAAAAGAUUCUUUCAUCUAUGAGAUUGUUUUAAAAUU